AUGCAGAUCAAGGACCUGCUGGCGGCGCUGGAGCGGGACUGGCCGACGCUGUCGUGCAAGAACGGCGCCACCAACAUGGACUUCUGGGGCCACGAGUGGCAGAAGCACGGCACCUGCUCGGCCUUCGACCAGCACCGCUACUUCCAGAGGUCGCUGGAGCUCAAGGCCGCCCACAACCUGACGGCGGUCCUGGCCGAGGCCGGGAUCGUGCCGUCCGACAGCGCCACCUACUUCCUCAGCGCCGUCAAGGACGCCAUCCGCGGGGCCACGGGGUCCGACGCGAUCGUGGAGUGCAACCGGAACACGGCCGGCGAGGCACAGCUGUACAAGGUGUACCUGUGCGUCGCCCGCGACGGGAGCGGCCUCGUGGACUGGUCGGAGCCAUUGCUGCGCAACUGCGCCGACAAGAUCAAGUUUCCCACCUUCUGA